GCCCCCGUCGGGGCUGGCUGUCCCGAGCCCGGCCCCACCAUGGCGGGGCCGCGGGGCGCUCUCCUGGCCUGGUGCCGCCGCCAGUGCGAGGGUUACCGCGGCGUGGACAUCCGUGACCUGAGCAGCUCCUUCCGGGACGGCCUGGCUUUCUGCGCCAUCCUGCACCGGCACCGGCCCGACCUGAUCGACUUCCAGUCUCUCUCCAAGGAAAAUGUCUUCGAGAAUAACCGUUUGGCCUUUGACGUGGCCGAAAAGGAACUGGGGAUCCCUGCUCUCCUGGACCCCAGUGACAUGGUCUCCAUGAGUGUCCCCGACUGUCUCAGCAUCAUGACCUAUGUGUCCCAGUACUACAACCAUUUCACCAGUUCUGGCCAAGCAGCUGUCUCACCACACUCCACACCAGGAAAGGACCCUGCAUCCCCCUCCCCCACAUCUGCAUCACCUGCUGUGCCACCCGGAGAGGAGGCUCAGGGUGAUGACCUCUCCUCAGACAGCCUGUCGGAGCAGGGCAGACAGCGGCCCCCCAGCAGCACCUGCGCAGCCUGUGGGCAGCGGGUGCACCUGGUGCAGCGGUACUUGGCCGAGGGCAAGCUGUACCACCGGCACUGCUUCCGAUGCCGGCAAUGUUCCAGCACGCUGCUCCCAGGCUCUUACAGCAGCGGGCCCGAGGAAGGCACCUUCGUGUGUGCAAAACGCUGUGCCAGGCUGGGUCCGGGAGGCCGGUCCGGAGCUAGGCCCUUCUCCCAGCGAGAGCAGCAGCAGGUAGCAGAAGAAGCCAAGGAUGGAGAGGAGAGCGACCUUAGCCCAAGUGUGGCUGCGGUCGCCGCCGCCGCCGAGGGAGAUGGGCUCCAGGCCAGCUCCGAGGUACCGCCCCAGACCCAGAGCAAGCCACCUCUUCCCAGCAAGCCCCAGGAGUUGGCCAGCCCCCCUGUUGGCCGGCCUACACCUGCCCCCAGGAAGGCUUCUGAGAGCUCAGCCUUGACGCCCCCAACACCACGGCCGCGGUCUAGCCUGCAGCAGGAUGGCUUGGUGGAGCCGAGUGUCAGCACUGGCCUUGUGAAUGGAAGACUGCCGGAACCCCCUGUCCCCAGGCCCAGAGGGACGCCCAAGCUGUCAGAGAGGACACCAGCACCAAGAAAGGACCCCCCGUGGAUCACACUGGUGCAGACAGAGCCCAAGAAGAAGCCAGCCCCGCUACCCCCCAGCGGCAGCAGCAGCAGCAGCAGUCCUGGGCCGCCGGGCAGACAGGUGGAGAAUGGAGGCCUGGAGGGAAGGACCCAGAAGAGCCCAGUCGCUGGGCCAGAGCCCAAGCCCUACAACCCCUUUGAGGAGGAUGAGGAGGGAGAAGAGCCAGCCUCUGCAGGGCCAAGCCCCGCCCCCGCCCCGCCAGAGUCCACACCCAAGUCCCUGCACCCCUGGUACGGCAUCACCUCCACCAGCAGCCCCAAGACAAAGAAGCGCCCUGCCCCGAGAGCCCCCAGUGCCUCCCCGCUUGUUCUCCACGCCGCCCGCCUGUCCCACUCGGAACCUCCCUCAGCCACGCCGUCACCGGCCCUCAGCGUGGAGAGCCUGUCCUCCGAGAGCUCCAGCCCGGCUGCCAAAGCAGGGCCCUCGGAGGCGCCUGCUGUACCCAAGAGCUCCUCAGAUCCCGCGGUGCACGUGCCUGGUGCCCCUGGCACAUCCGGGAACUCCGCCGCCCCCUCAGCCCACUCUUCCCUGUCGUCCUCUGGGGAGCUGGGACAGCCUGCUGGUGAACAAGUGCCACAGGCCAGGACCAGGGGCAGCCCAGGUACCCAGGCCACCAAGCCCUGCAGUGGCGCCACCCCGACUCCCUUCCGGUUGGCUGGAGACCGGAGCCCCGCCCCUUCCCCGGGGAGCUCAUCCCCACAGCUGCAGGUCAAGUCUUCCUGCAAGGAGAAUCCUUUCAACCGGAAGCCAUCUCCCUCUGCAUCUCCAGCCGUAAGGAAGGCCACCAAAGGAGCCAAGCCCAUGAGGCCACCUGCCCCCGGACAUGGCUUUCCACUCAUCAAACGCAAGGUCCAGGCUGACCAGUAUAUCCCUUUGGAGGACAUCAACACCAUGAUGGACAAUAUCGAGCGCCAGCUGGAUGCCCUGGAGUACCGUGGCAUUCUGCUGGAGGACAAGCUGCGUGGAGGAGCAAAUGAGGGCAGCGAGGACGACAUCCUGGUGGACUGGUUCAAGCUCAUCCACGAGAAGCACCUACUAUUGCGUCAAGAGUCAGAGCUCAACUACGUUGUCAGGCAGCAGGACUUGGAGCAGCGCCAGGCCGACGUGGAGUAUGAAGUGCGGUGCCUUCUCAACAAGCCGGAAAAGGACUGGACUAAGGAGGAUCGGGACCGAGAGGAUGCGCUGAUGAAGGAGUUCAUGACCCUCAUCGAGCAGCGCAAUGCCAUUGUCACCUGCCUGGAUGAGGACCGCCAGAGGGAUGAGGAGGAAGACAAGAUGGUGGAAGCUAUGAUCAGGAACAAAGAGUUCCAGAAAGAGGCUGAGUCUGAGGGUAAGAAGAAAGGCAAGUUCAAGACCAUGAAGAUGCUGAAGCUUCUGGGAAACAAGCGGGCCACCAAAAGCAAGGCCCCUGGGGACAAGAGCUGACAGAGGGGGAAGCCGACUUCCUCUCCUCUCCGGGAGCCUUGAGGCCAGAGCAGCGCUCUGCUUGCCCUAAGACUUGCCAAGGGGGACACGAUGACCUCGGGAGGGAGUCCCUGGGUGAGCUUUGCCCUCCUUGGGGUCGCCAGCUGGUCUAGGCUAAAGUUCUCUUCCCUCUUCCCUGUGGCCCAGACAGCUGUGACUCAGUCCUGCCCCCUUGGAUUUUGACUCCAGCUGCUGUGACAGGACCCAGGGGCAAGGAGGGGUGCAGGUCUAGGCAGGAGGCAGCCGCUCUCCCUGUUCCUCUGAGCCAGGCCAGAUGGAGUCUUUGCUGCUCCUCUGCCCAAGGCAGGCCCUGGCCUGGGACGUGUGCACCUUGCAGAAGCCAGCGGCGAGGCUGGCUGCCCAGCUUCUUCCUUCUCACCCGGACCCUUAGUCCCUGCCUCCGCGUCUAACACAGAUGCCCUUGAAAGUCACGUCCCCUCACUCGGGAGCUCUGUGAAGUCUCAGAUUCCGGCCCCUCAGUGAGCGCUGUGUUGUGUCGGUUGGGAAUGUACUGCUUCCCCUGCCUUCCAAGUUGUAGGGAGCUCUUCCCUCGUCUUCGGCCUUGCUCCAUGGGAAGUCUCGCCCACCACGCAGGGCCCUGGUGUCUGCUGAGGCGGUGACUCAGACUCGCCUAGGAAGGCGUGCUUUGGGCAGGUGCUAACCCUUGUCCUCUAAGGUGUCCUGACUUGUGAUGCAGGCUUUCUGCCCCGCCCCAUGCCCAGGGGACGGACACUCCUUCCCGUGCUCGGUGCUGUCUGUCUCUCUGUUGCUGGUCCCCUCCAAGGACCGAUGGCCACUCGCCACUGAGUGGCCCUGGGAGAAGAGUGGUGUGGUACCUCUUUUCCCUGGGGAAUAUGCCAGGCAGCUUAUGGUCCAAGCACUGUUCUUGCUGUCGGGGUCUUUAGUGCCCCACUCUGUGCAUCCUGGGAAGGAACGCACUGUACCUCAGUUGCCAGUGCCCAGUCGUCUAGAGCACAUCCACAUCUGUCCCCCUCUGCCUGUCUGUGCUCCACCUCAUGGCUAGGUACCCCCGGGAGGGUCUGGGCUGUCCACUCAGUUGGGAACUUGACCACCACUGCCUACCAUUGGGCAGGAUUCCCUUCCUGUUUGGGAAGAGAUGCUUGUUCACUCCCAUCUAGCCCCUGGCAGUCUUUCCAAGCGCACUUGUUGACCUGGAGACAGGGCCAGCAGCUCAGAGGUCUUUCAGAGGAGCCCUGUGACCCAGCUGCUGUAGCCCAAGAGAGGACUCCCUUAGGCUGUCUCAGUGUCAAGGACAGUUUCCAUGUCUCAAGAGAACAGCCUUUCUCACAGAAGUCACCUGUAUCCUGUGAACGUGGGCACAGGCUUGCCAAAUCUUGCCCACUUUUUUCAAAAGAAACCCAGAAUCCAGUUUUUGUACAGGCGCAAUUUGUACCUGCUGACUUCACAUUUAAGUUGGCCACGGUGGGCUACGCUCGGGCCAGGCCUGGGAGCUGGAGGGUGUGUCCCUGCUGACCUGACCCUUAUCUGCUGGUUGCUGCAUAGUAGCCAUGUUUAUUCUUGACAAGAAGACAGAUUGUGUGUUCUGUUGGAAUUAUGGGACUUGUGACAGGUGCAGGAAAUGUUUCCAUUUAUGGAGACAGGGAAAUGAUAGAAUACUAGUGAAGGUCGGGCUGGUUGGUCACUGUCAGCAGUGACCAGCAGAAGGGAGGACACUGAUGUGCACGCAGUGAAUCAGUUUGGGGCAGAGGGGCUGGCGUACCAGGUGGGGAACAGGGCUGCUUUCCUUGUCGGGUUCCUUUCAUUAUGGCUCCCUCCAUUUAUGUUUCUUCCUGUGGUCUUCGUUUGGUGGAAGCCACCAAGUUGACCUGUAACCCCAAGUGGGCUCCUCUGUAGCUAACUACCUGGAUAGAGUGUCUUGGGGAACCUGAGUUUUCACACCUCAGUCUUUUUUUUGUUUGUUUGUUUUGGUGUGUGUGAGUGGGGGUGGUUUUGAGAGGGUUUGCUCUGUGUAGUUUUGGUGCCUGUCCUGGAACUCACUCUGUAGACCAGGCUGGCCCCGAACUCAGAGAUCCGCCUGCCUCUGCCUCCCAAGUGCGCCACCACCACCCAGCUCACUCCUCAGUCCUGAGGGUUAGCACUGACUGCAGGCUGCUCAGGAACUUUGUUUCUCUGUUCCUCUGGAAAUAUGCAAACAGCAGUUAGAACCCAUCUGCGCUGGACAGGUUCUGAUUCUGAAUAAAUAGGCUUUAUCCCUGUGGAAACAAGGCGGCACUUGUCAUGACCAAGUUAAAUGUGCUUUAUUGGCCAAUUAAUCAUUGUGGUUAAACAUUUGCCCAAGGCUACAAGAAGGCAAAGAAGUAGAUCCUAAGAUAUCUAGGACAGAACUGUGUUCACAGAGCACCCGGAGGCCCGCAGUGGCAGGGGGAGAGCCAGCGAGGGUGCCCUUGGGCAAAUGUCCAAAGUGGUGAGCCUGGGUGUCAACCCGGUGUGUCUGGGGCUCUUCCCCCUACAGAAGGCCUCAACACCGUGGCUGUGACACAGCUCAGGGGCACCACUGAGGCCUCUGCAUCCCCGGGCAGUGUCUGGUCUUGUGCUCCAAGACAGUGCCACGCCGUGGUCUGGUGUGGCUCCCGUGGGUGGGCAGACCUGGGGAUGGCACCGCUUGGCGAAGUGAAGGAGGGCUCUGGUGGUCGUGCUGCUCUGGUGGUUGCAUUGGGCUGGCCCACCCUGGUCUUGGAUUAAGUGGUGGCAAGGGCCUUCCUAAGCUUCUCGCUCCUACGGCGGUCAAUGUCCUCCAUUUCCCGUAGUUUCUGCAAAGGGCCAUCAGGAGGAGCCGCUGUCACGGCCGGACAGCGUGGCGGGACCUUGCCACCUGAGAGGCUAAAGCCUUGCUGGCUGGGGCUCCUCCCAUUUGGCUCCACUGCUCCCCACUUUCUUGGGCUCUCCUACCUGGGAGAUUUCAGCCAUGAUGAUUCCUCGGUAUUGCUUGCCCUGUCCCAGAGCCUCCAUGGCAGCCAAGAAUUCCUUCCUGUCCUGGAUUUCCUUCACCACUGCACAGAGGGGAAGGGCCAUCAGUGCACAGGGCAGUGGGAGUGCACAGGGGCCCAGGCAGCAGCGCAUGGUCUCUGAGGGAGAGUGGGGGGAAGGUCUGUAUCAAGUCAUGUUGUUCUCAUUAGCCUCAUCAGUUACACACACACACACACACACACACGCACGCACGCACGCACGCACGCACGCACACACACACACACACACUCACACUCACGUUCUUCAAACCGGUCCAGCUCAGGAGGUAGGUCCUCUUGCCGCACAUGGGGAGCCUUCUUCCGUUCCUCUGUGUCCUUCCCAGUGGCAAAGAUAUUUUGGAGUCUUCGUUUCUCCUUCUCCAGAUCUCCUGCAGGCCCCAGGGAUGGUCUUGGUAAGGUGCAGCACAGCUGUUUGCCUGUCUGCACACUUGCAGGAUGUCUGGGUUGUGAGGAGGGGGCUCGUGCAGACCCAGCGUUUCCCCCAGGAGGACAGGUCAGGUUAGCAGUUGAAACCACCAAGAAAAAGGCUGCAGUACAGAGCUGAUAGAGAACCCAGAAACGCUGGCCUCUGAGGUGGGGAUGCUGGGGGGUCUGGGCCAAGAGCGAUGUUAGAGGCCAGGAGGAGGGCUCCCAGAUGUGGGCUCAAAUACAGAGGAGACAGCCUUGAGGGACCAGGAGGAUAAGCAGCUGGCAUCUACAUCCCUCUGGGAUUGGGAUCGGAGUAAUUUGAAAAAAGCUGUAGGAAGAUGAAGAGGGCCACCUGCCUGCUUUGCUCUGUGACCAGCCUGGGUCUGUUACCCACUACGGGAAUGGUGCUGUCUGUCCCAGGCUGCUGUAACCCCAGAAGAUGGAGACCGCCCCUAGCCCAAGCCGGUCGGUCACUUACUGGUGGCCUGAGGCUUGAAUUGCUCACGGCUGUAUGCCCCAUUGGCUCGACACAUGCUUGCAGGCCGCAGGUGGGAGUGGGUGGCCAGGAUGGGAGGCAGGUAGGUGGCUGUAGCCGGCUUUUUGGAAGGCGAGCUCCUCUGGCUGGAUGUGGGAUUGCACUGCAGAGGCAGAGGGGCUCCUCCUGGGAACAGAAGAGUCGGGGGGACAACCCUGUCGGUCUGUCUGUCUUUUCAAAGAAAAACGGCAGCUGCCAGCCAGAAGUCAACAAGCAUGGGCCAGUCUCCAGGCCCCUCGGAGCCUGCCCUCUGCGGGCUGUAGCAGCAGUUAGGUGGCUGCUCCUCGUUCUGGAUGCUUCUAAGACACAUUCAAGGAUGUCUUGUUCGGUGUGUACACAUACGGUUCUUAAACACUGGAUCAUACCAUGUGGUCAGUAACAGACCCUCUUUCACUUACCAGUUUAUCAUGACCAACUUUCUAUAAAGAUGCAUUGAUAUGUAACUUAUUUUUGUAUAGCAAUGUACUAGUUGUUAGAGUGAUCACACUAUUUAUUCGGCUAGUCAUUCGGGUUCUCUCUGGGUUGGUUUUGUUUUGUUUUGUGUUUGUUGGUUGGAUUUUUACUACUUCUGACAAUGCUGCAGUAAACAUUCUCAUACACUGA